UUUUUUUUAAAAUUCAUCUUGUAAUAUUGUCCUCGAUUUUUUCUCAUAUGCAAUCAAGACAGAAUAAAUGUUUUGAAAUUAUUUUUAGCUAUUUUUUAAUGGAUUAUUUAGUUCCACGAUUACUUUUUAAAUUUUUAAUAAGAGCGAACAUUUGGAGAUUCCUUUUACCAAAAAUAUUUUCGGGCUAGCUUCUAGAAAUUGUGGAGGUUAAUAGAUUUAUUUAGAAUAUUUAUUCUAUUUUCCCCUUAAUUUUUGUUUUGUCCCUGGGUUUCCGGACUGUUUGCUCUCCACCUUAUGUAAAAAUAUUAUAUUUAUUUUUCAGUAUCUUAUUUUAUUAAAUUGCACACCUUGUGCUAAAACAAAUUUUGGAAAAAUGACUGCUGUCGGAGUGCCAAUUAAAGUUUUACACGAAGCCGAAGGGCAUGUUAUUACGUUGGAAACGACUAUCGGAGAAGUCUAUCGCGGGAAACUUGUCGAGGCUGAAGAUAACAUGAAUUGCCAAAUGGCCGAAGUUACUGUUACUCUUCGAGAUGGGCGAACUCAAACACUCGAAAACGUUUUUAUUCGUGGAUCGCAAAUUCGUUUUAUGAUUUUGCCUGAUAUGCUUAAGAAUGCUCCAAUGUUUAAGAAUAUCGGUCGUGCUCAACGUGGCAGUCAGGGAAUGGGUGCUGGUGGAGCACCACGUGGACGUGGAACUGCUUUCCGUGGUGGUCCUCCACGUGGAGGGCGUGGACGUGGUGGAGGAAUUCCUCGUGGUGGGAUGCCAUUCCGUGCUUGA